AUGUCCUCCAAUAACUUCCGUAUCACCGAACAUACCGUACCUGGCUGUCACAUUCGCGAGUAUGCCGGGAGCACCGCUGGCCGCCAGGAAGACGUCCUGCAGCUGCAUGUCAAGCAGUAUACACCUCUAGAACGACCAGAGCCGCUCUCUCCAGAGGCGGUUACGAUCAUUGCUGCCCACGGUGUUGGCCUUGCCAAGGAGCUGUAUGAGCCACUGUGGGAUGAGAUACUACAACGCGCCGAGCAAAACAAUUUCCAGAUUCGCAGCAUCUGGGUUGCAGAGGCGGCGAACAUGGGAAUGAGCGCCAUUCUCAACGAAGACAAGCUUAGCACUGAUUUUUCCUGGAUGGACCAUUCUCGUGAUCUUCUCUUGAUGAUCAACCACUUUCGUGAGCAGAUGCCCCGGCCCCUGGUUGGGCUGGGCCACAGUUUCGGCGGAAAUAUCAUAACUAAUCUGGCUUUCUUACAUCCACGGCUCUUUACUACACUCAUCCUCCUGGAUCCGGUCAUCCAGUUGAACCCGCCAACCAUGGGCUUUGGUGCCGACCCUCCAAGCGCUAUUAAUUUCACGUUAUACCGUCAGGAUGUCUGGCCAAAUCGCCAAGCUGCCACGGCAGCCUAUCGAAAAAUGUUCCCUAAGAUGGACCCCCGCUGUGUGGAUCGCAUGGCGAAGUUUGGAUUUCGUGACCUCCCCACGGCUCUGCAUCCCGAGCCCUUGGAAGGGAGUGACCCAGCCAACCCACCUGUAACUCUGACCACCUCUAAGUACCAGGACAUGGUUGCUCAGAUACGUGAAAACUUCUCUGCACGCACGCCAGAUGGUCGAAUCCAGAUCGACCGUUCAACGCACGCCGACAUGGACCCGCUGGCCGCUUUCAUCCCUAUGUAUCGCCCGGAGCCGCGCGCCACAUUCUUUCGCCUCCCAACCCUUCGACCCUCGGUAAUAUGGGUUUUGGGGGAGAAGAGCUAUCUUCGACUUGAUGAGAUCCGAGAAGGAAUCAAAACAUGCGGUCACGGCAUUGGAGGCAGUGGAGGAGACUCUCAGGGAAAGGUCAAAGAAGCUGUGAUACCAAAGGGCAGCCAUCUAUUCCCCUUUGAAAAUGUGGCUGAGGCCGCCGAGGUUAGUUCUGCAUGGCUGGGGCAAGAAGUGCAAAAGUUUGUCAUUACGGAGAAGGACUGGGCCGUGAAGAGACAGUCCAUGACCAAACGCGAGCACCUUGUACUUGGUGAAGAUUGGUUUAAGACUAUCAAGCCUCUCAGCGCAUUUCGCUCUCCUAGAAAGCCAGGCAAAGAGCGCUUGUAG